UAAAUUUUUACUUUGGCGCGGUAUAUUCUACUCAAUAGUUGUCUUGGUGGCAAUUUUGCUCAACUUUUCUUUACAGUGUGUUUCAUUUUGUUGCUACAAUUUAUGCAAUGUACCCGUGCAAGCCGACCUUAUAGAUUUCCCUUCCACAAACCAGUCCGCGCUGCCAAGAGUGGCAUUAUUUUGUUGGUUAAGAGAACGCGUGCUGGAAGUGUCAGAAGAAGGAAAAGUGACCGUCCUUGAGAACAGCGAGGUUAACUGCACGGUUGCAAAAUGCUUGAGCGAAAGGACAGUCGUAUUUGAUAUUUCCAACGCGAAGAGAGAUCUGCAUGUAGAUGACCCAAUUGGUGGAGCUACCCUGAAACAGGUCAUGAGCAUUCUUUGCAUUGCUAAAAAUGCGAUCCGAUUCAAGUAUUAUGGACAACUUCCCCUAACCGAUGUCACUUUCAUGGAAGAGUACAACGGAAUUUUGAAACGAUUCAUUUCAACAGUCGACAUUCCGUACGAGGAAGACAAAACGGGGAAUUAUUCUUUCACGAUAAAUAAUUUACACUCAAAACAUAACAGUUCCUGGUUCAGUCUGUACUUCUCAGAUCAAACACAAGCACAUUUCAUCCGCCCGCCCCAUCCUGUCCAUGCGUUUCGUUCCGAACGUCUGGACGUUGGCCAAACGGAACUUGGGAUUAGUAGUGAUGGCAAUAAGGAUAGUUUCCGAGUCAUAAUUCCUUGCAGAAUUAGUAAUCCCGAUCAAAUUAGCGCGGUUGGGUUGAAGGUUGUUACACAUUUAGAGAAACCUGCAGGACUUGUUGAUGUUCAAACAAAAACUAGUUAUAAUCCAUUACUUGGAUUUAUCAUGAACACUACAACUUACGAAGACAUUUUACAACAUUGGAAUAUUUUCUCAUUUCAAUGUUUCCUCCGGAUUGGAAAGAGUACUCAGGAAACUCUCAAUGUCGGUUUGCUACCAAGUAUCCAGCAGCUCGUUGAUGGGGACCAGCACAUAAGCAUAACCGCUGUAGGUGUUAAGCGCCUUCGAGUCACGUGUGAUCCACGCAAAAACUGGAAUUUUGUAAUUUUCAUGCCGGUCAAAACUGCAUUGGAUUCGGGACUCUUAGGAAAUUGGGACGACGAGGGCACUAGCUUCCAGUUAAACUCCACGUGGACAGUACCAGGAAAACGCUAUCCAAACGAAAUUUCCACGUCCUGUAACACCGAAAAUUGUAGUGCUAUUUAUAGCACAGAAUCAGCUAGAGUUUCCUGUCAUGGCGACAAUCUGAGGAGGACGAGUGUUAUCGAGACAAUACAAUAAUUCCUCAACUACAACACCCGCAAAUUCCACCUCAGCAGGGUCCACAUAAUUCUGCUGCUGUCACAGCACGAGACGAAAUUGCAGCUUCAUGGAUAAGAUGAGCGCUGCAAUUCCCACUACGCAUCCAAAGGCAAGCCGGCGACCAAAGUUUUCCGAAGAUGAACUUGUAGCACUCGCCAGGGCUAUUAAAGAUAGAGACCAUAUCAUCAGCGGAAAAUUCCAAGGGGCGAAAGCGUCAAAAACCAACAAAAACAAGGCUUGGGCGGAGGUUGUGGAUGCAGUUAAUGCUGUUGGAGGUAUGGGACGGACACAAGAGGAAAUAAAAACAAAACACAAAAAUUUAAGAACUUCUACAAAAAAAGUUGAGACUGAAAAUAAAAGAGAGAUCUUUAAAACCGGAGGUGGCAAGUCGAAGUUAAAGUCUCUAACCGAAAGUCAACUAAUUAUCCUCGAAACUCUGCCAAGUACACUAUUAGAUGGUAUACACGGUGGUAUCGAUUUGCACGAUCCGUCCUUCAAGCUGCCGAAAGUUCCUACUCCAACGAAGCAAGAUGAAGACGACAUGGACUUAUUAGACCUAGACGAGAUUGGACCGCAAGUACGUCAACCAUUUGUCCCAGGCAGGUCGGAGCUACAACUUGCGGCGCAAACCGUGGCAAAUGCGUCUGAGGCGGCAAGUUUAGGUGAACCGGUGGCUCACUGCUCAAAAACGCUUCCACAGCUUGAAACCUCUCGUACUAUUUGUGAGACCCCUAAAAGAAAGCAUCGGAAGUUGGAAGUUUCGUCAACAGAACAACUUUUACGAGAACAAGUUGGUUUAAUGAGAAAACAGGUAGAGGUCAUGUCAGAUAUUAAAGAACUAAUGGCGGAACGUAAUCGAAUCGAACAGGAAAAGUUGGAUAUUAAAAAGAGGAAAUUUUCAAGUAAUUCACCAAUGUUUAUGAGUACCGACUAGUUUGUCUAAGUCAAUGCCAUGUUUACUUCACAAUUAGUUGUAUAAAUAAAGGUUGUA